UUGAAUACAAAGAUGCACAAAAAUGAAUUGCGAACAAAGAAUGGUAAAAUCGAUUGUCCAUUAUCCGAAUUAGAUGCAGGACUCACUUUAAAAGGUGGUCAAAGUUUCAGAUGGUUUUCUUACAAUAAUGGAUAUCGUGGUGUGUUUCAUGGAUGUGUUUGGACCCUUAGACAAAGUGAUACACAUCUAUCCUACAUAGUACAAGGUGCACUAGUAGAUUCUACAAACUAUGAUAAAAUAUUGUCUGAGUACUUCAGAUUGAAUGAAUGUUUAGAAGACCUUUGUAAAAAAUGGACUACAAUAGAUCAACAUUUUAAAAAGUCCUUAAACAAAACAAAUGGUGUUAGAAUAUUAAAUCAGGAUGUUGUUGAAAAUGUAUUUUCUUUCAUAUGUAGCUCUAAUAACAACAUCCAAAGAAUAUCAGGAAUGGUAGAAAAAUUAUGUAUGUUGUUUGGUGAAAAAAUUUGUUCAAUUGAUGGCAAAGAUUAUUAUAAUUUUCCAUCUAUUGCUACACUAGCAAUGGAAAAUGUUGAAAGCAAAUUAAAAGAAGAAAAGUUUGGUUAUCGUGCAGGAUAUAUAGCAAAUGCAGCAAAGCAUUUGUUAAAAUUUGGAGGAAAGAAAUGGCUUUUAGAUUUACACAAACAAUGUGAUAAACCAUAUACUGAAGCUAGGGAACAGUUAAUUACUCUCCCUGGAAUUGGCCCAAAAGUGGCAGAUUGUAUUUGUUUAAUGUCAUUAGGUCAUUUAGAAGCUAUUCCUGUAGAUACUCAUAUCUUUCAAAUAGCUAAAACAAGUUAUUUACCUCAUCUAAGACAAUAUAAAACUAUCACUCCAAAAAUUCAUGAUGAAGUUGGUAAUUAUUUGCGGAAUUUAUGGGGUCCCUUAGCUGGCUGGGCUCAAGCCCUUGUUUUCUGUGCAAAAAUUAAUGAUGGUACUGCUAUUACUACAUCGAAUUGCAAACGUAAAAGUAAUACAACUGGCAAAUUACAAAAUCCAAAAAGUUUUAAGAAAUAA